UGUGACUGGAGCCUCGUCCGCUUGUCCCCGUCCCCGGGAGACACGGGCUCCGCGUGUUUCAGUUCCGCCGUCAGCGGGCGGCGGCCUCGCGCGUACCGGACGCCCCGGCGCGGCGGGAAGAAGAGGCAGAGGAUGUGAGUGAAGAAGCACCUUUGAGGGACCGCUCCCACAUCGAGAAAACCCUGAUGCUGAAUGAAGACAAGCCAGCCGAUGAUUACUCAGCGGUGCUACAGCGGCUUCGAAAGAUCUACCAUACAUCCAUCAAGCCUCUGGAGCAAUCGUACAAAUACAACGAGCUUCGGCAACAUGAGAUUACAGAUGGGGAGAUUACUUCCAAGCCAAUGGUGUUGUUCCUGGGCCCGUGGAGUGUCGGUAAAUCCACCAUGAUAAACUACCUCCUAGGGUUGGAAGAUACGCGGUACCAGCUCUAUACAGGUGCUGAGCCCACCACCUCCGAGUUCACAGUCCUCAUGCAUGGGCCCAAGCUCAAAACCAUCGAGGGCAUUGUCAUGGCUGCUGACAGUGCCAGGUCCUUCUCACCCCUGGAGAAGUUCGGCCAGAAUUUCCUGGAGAAGCUGAUUGGUAUCGAAGUUCCCCACAAACUUCUAGAGCGGGUCACUUUUGUGGACACACCAGGCAUCAUUGAGAACCGCAAGCAGCAAGAGAGAGGUUAUCCCUUCAACGACGUGUGCCAGUGGUUCAUUGACAGAGCUGACCUCAUCUUUGUCGUUUUCGACCCUACCAAGCUGGAUGUAGGUCUGGAGCUGGAGACGCUCUUCCGCCAGCUGAAGGGACGUGAGUCCCAGAUAAGGAUCAUCCUGAACAAGGCAGACAAUCUGGCAACACAGAUGCUCAUGCGUGUGUACGGGGCCCUCUUCUGGAGCUUGGCACCUCUCAUCAACGUCACAGAGCCCCCUCGGGUUUAUGUCAGCUCCUUCUGGCCACAAGACUAUAAGCCUGACACCCACCGGGAACUGUUCCUCAAAGAAGAGAUCUCCCUCCUGGAAGAUCUGAACCAAGUGAUUGAGAACAGGUUGGAGAAUAAGAUCGCCUUCAUCCGCCAGCAUGCCAUCCGGGUCCGUAUUCAUGCUCUUUUGGUUGACCGCUAUCUUCAGACUUACAGGGACAAAAUGACCUUCUUCAGUGAUGGAGAACUGGUCUUUAAGGACAUUGUGGAGGAUCCUGAUAAAUUCUACAUCUUCAAGACCAUCCUGGCAAAGACCAAUGUCAGCAAGUUUGACCUUCCCAACCGUGAGGCCUACAAGGACUUCUUCGGCAUCAACCCCAUUUCCAAUUUCAAACUCCUCUCUCAACAGUGCUCUUACAUGGGAGGUUGUUUUCUGGAGAAGAUCGAGCGGGCCAUAACCCAGGAGCUCCCCGGCCUCCUGGGGAGCCUUGGGCUUGGGAAGAAUCCAGGUGUUCCCAACUGUGACAAAACAGGGUGUGGCGAGACCCCAAAGAAUCGCUACAAGAAGCACUAGGGUUGUGUGUAGCUGUUCUCGGGUCCCUGUUGGAGAAUGAGCUUGCAUCCUAAAUGUCUGAGAAGUCCUGGUUUAUUAACCCUUUGAGUCACACUGGCGAGAAUCCGUACACAGUGGAGAUUUGGGAGUUGGGGUGAGGCUGAUGGUGGGGACAGGUGUGUGGAUCUAGUGGGGGUAGAAAGUGGAAACUGUGAACUAUAGUGUGCUUGUCUUGUUUCAGUGAGGAAGCCUGGCUGAGGAAGAGCCAGCAGCAACCCUUGCGUUUCCUGGGUCCUGUCUGGGAGGGACAGAGAACAGCUAAGUUCUAGUGCCUGCUAAUUCAAUGAGGGUCAAAUAAGCUAAAUGCAGUUGGAAUUCCUUCCCCCUGUAAGCUGGGCAGAUAGUGAAGCCCGAAUGACAACUCCCUCCACACACAGUCAGUCUUUUGUUUGCUCCCCAUUCAUCCUCAGUUCCCUCUCAAGCUUGAGUUGACUUUCAGCAGUGGACAAUCUCUGGAGUCUGAAUCUACCUGGGUUUUAGCCUGUCCCAGGAACCUCUUCCCUGUUUCCCCAAGGAGGGUGCCAGUGCCUAGCGAACAAGAGCUCCCAGGUCAGGGUGAAGGCCAGUCUCCCUACGUGUGGCAUUUCUUUGAUAUUUCAGCUGGGGAGCUCAGGCACUCCAUUGGCCAUGAGAGGAGGGUGAGUGGGUGGUGUCUUCAGGCCAUUCCCCUCUUGGAAAUGACUGAAAUGAAGGUACUAGAAGGGCUCAGGGGGUUAAUUGGUUUGCAGUGUGUCUUUGUCUAUUGCAUGUCUUGGAAAACUCAGAUCCUAAAGGCAUUGGGUUUCAGAGAGGACAGUGGAGGCCUUGCUCCUUGGUCUUGGGGACUUCUCUGGGCAGUCACCCUCUCCCAAGUUUAGGGGGAGGCCAUUUCUACAGCUUCUCUGUGGAAACAUGGCAGAGGUGUUGCUGCUUCCGGAUCCCAUUACCAUGGCUUUUCCUUUCUCCUCCAUUUCCUCAUGCAUCAAUACUUAAAACUCAGAAUUUUCCUAGGAUCAGAUCCAGCACCAGCCAUUCGGCACCUACCCCUAUGGCAACCAAGGCCUAAGGUCCAAUUUCUACUUGCGUGUGAGGCAGGUGAAUGUACCACAGGUCAGCCAAACACCAGUGAGUGUAAAUUUGUGUGUCCAUCAUCAAAGAGAGAGAUUGAGGAAAUGAUAUACCCAAGGGGACAGAAAAAGAACUCCUUGUGAGAGUCUCAUGAGGCCCACACAUAGCACCACCUUGGAGGGGAAGGCCUGGGGCCUGGGCAGCCUUUUGAUGGAGCAUGCCCAGUGAACUCAUGAGUGCGCAGGGGUGACCCAGAGUUGUCUCGAGCAGCUGUUCAAGCAACGCCAACAGCUCUUCUUGGGAGCAAACUGCCACUGAUGCCUUGACCACAAGACGUGAGUAUCUACCAGCACCAGAAGCUCAUCUGGACCAGAGGAAGGCUGAGCCAGAGUUCCUUCCUCUGAGGGCCCAGGCUCAUAAGCAGAUCCCCAUGACCCACGGGGUCCACAUGGAGAACUGCAAUGCAGGAGCUUGUGUUCUUCUGAAUUCUUAGCAGCCGGCACCUUCUACCAGGGAGGCUUCUGCUUUGGACUUCUUUGUGGAGAACCUCCACACAAGAGAGCCAGAGCCCCCAGAGCUGCUUGGACACACAACACUGUUUCCAAGAAGCAAGUUAGUGGGAGAAGAGCCACCGUUUCUGCAUGGGGGCAUCCACGGAGCCUGGUGGCCGGGACUGAUGCGCCUCAAUGUGUCCUGGACUUUUCUUCCUUUAAAACAAACAGUCCCCUUAUCUCUCCUCUCUAUAACUUGCCCUUUUGGGAGACUGUUCCUCGUGCCUUUCUCUUUCAUGGUCCUCAUGCUUGUGGCUUGCUUUGGGCACAUAUGUUUUUGUUUUUUCUUUCUUUUUAUUCAAUGCAGUCAGGGGAAUUAAAAAAAAAGUAGAACUGUAUGGACCUCAUCAUAGCUGUCAGUGUCACCAUUGCUUUGGGAGAAGCGGGUGCAGUGGGGCUGAUAAACUCACACAAUAUUUGUAUUUUUGAGGGGCUGCCUUCUCAGUGUGCUCUCUUGUGAAUUUUUUUUUUUUUCUUUUCUCCAUCUCUUUCCUUUUCUGUCUCUCCAUUCUAUUCCUCUUCUUAUGCACUGACCUACCUUUUCUCUGUUGACCAGUACAGGUUAGAACCUGUACUAUCCUUUGUCCAGCUCCAUGGAGAUAGAUUUCAACCAGGAUUCUCUUUUAUUUUUAUUUUUUGGAUGGGGAGGCAGAGCUGGAAGUAGAGGAAAUGUAGCAUCUAGAGAUUCCCCAGAAGGAGUAGUAUUUGAAUGGCUGUGCGGGAAUGUGGCCAACCCUUUCCAGCGUUCUUUUCUAUUCAAAUUUCAGCAGGGAAAAAAAAAAGUCUCAAUAAAGUUCCAAUCUCUCUUUAA